AUGAAAGCGGUUCUUCUAGCUUUGGCACUAGUCUAUGGGAGUCAAGGAACAGAAUACGGUGGUGGAAAGAUGACAGAAGCUGACUAUGGAGAGAUGGUAAGGCGGGAAAAGUGUAUCAUGUUCGUAAAGAGAUUCUGCCCUUACAGUAUCAGGGCAAGAGAGCUGCUCCAUGAUAGAGGCGUUGGCUGUAAGAUCAUCGAAGUCGACAACAACCUGGAUGCCUACAGCUUUGCCAAGAGGAACCACAGCACGUUCCCCGUUUUCUUCCUUGAUGGAGACCUGGUCGAGGGAGGAUGUGAAAAGCUCUUGGUUCUUUCUGAUAGCAAUCUUCCCCCGUUCGACAAAUCUCCUCUACUCACCCAGAACAGAGAGCCUGUUCUGCUAGAUUAA